AUGGAGGGAUUGCGCAUCAACGAGCUGCUCGCAAAUGGGUAUUUCAAGACCAAGGCGGCGAGGAGUAGGAGUCCUGGACCGGAUGAUGGCAGCCGCACCUCCCCCUCCUCUCCGCAAGCCUCGCUCCUCUCCCCGAAUCCGGGCUCGGCUUACCGCGCGCAAAGCAGAGAUGGGAGCAGAGGAGCGGGCAGCAGAGGAGAUAGGGAUAGGGAUAGGGAGAGAAGCUGCAGCCGGACGCCUCGGCCGCUCCACCGCGGCCCGCCGCCUCCUCGCCCGACGGUGGAAGACGAAUGCGUCAGCCUGGCAAGGGAGGAGAGGGGGAGCGUGCGCUGGCCGGAUUAUGGGGUGCCGGCGAGGGGGACGGUGGAUCAGACCCCGGUCAUACUUGAGGCAGAUGUUGAGAGGGAGGAGAGGGAUCGCCUGCAGAACGUGGAAUGCUCGAAUGAGAGGGGGGAGACGGAGGGUGGGACUGGGACUGCGAGCAGGAAGAGAGACGAGAACGCCAAUCCGGAGAGGAGGUUUGUGUUUGUUCCCCAGACGGAGGGUAGUGGGAGUGAGGCGGAGGAGAGCAGGAGACGGAUGGCUCGCGAUGCUAGGGAUGGUAUACCAGAGGAGCCGUCCAAGUCGGAUAUCAGACGAGAAGCGAGCAGAGGGGAGUAUGCUCACGGACCUCAGGCGAGGAGCGAGUCGAAGAGAGAAGAGCCUUCGAAGUACGAUUCGGGAAAAUACUUUCCGCAGCCUGUGAGACCCGAGACGAACCAUCCUCGGCACGAAUACAGACGGGACGAACCAGGGAGAGAAACCGCCAGACACGAACCGAGGAAAGAAGAGAGGAGAGAGACUGAUCGUCAGGAGUCUAGAAAGGAGGACAGAACCGAGGAGCCGCGUCGGAGCGACCAAAGGCCAGAGAAAUCACCCAGGCAAAGCUCAUUCAAAAGGGAAGAGCCGACCCGAGAGGAUUCUACGAGGAGAGAAGUGGAGACAGAUCAACCACGUCCACCACUUGAGAAGAGGCGAAGCAGACAAGAGCUCCCGACUUUAGAGACAAAAGUGCCACGCGAGAUUCCGCCAAAAUUCCGAAGAAGUGCUUCUGCCCUCGCAAUCAGUCCAAGUCAACAGGAGGCGCCUAAAGCUGCCUCUACUCCUCGCACCCCAUCUGACUACUUCCUCUCACCGGAAGCUAUCAGACCUACCAAAGACGAUUUCUCGCAGUCAACCCCUAGACAGCAAGUCUUUGACCUGCUUUGGGGGAAGAACGGGAAUCCAACGGAGAAGAGAAAUAGUGGAAGCUAUGCUGGGUCCCUGCCAGGGACACCAAACUUGGAUAUGAGAAACAGUGGAAAUUUCGAGAGAUCAACUAGACCGCAACAGCUCCAGGAGGAGACUGGUAGUCGGAGAGAAAGACGGCACUCCCCCGAACGAGGUUCCAAUCGAUCUUCCAGGUCUUCCACGCAGAGGAAAUCGUACUACAGCAGCAGUGAAGACGAUAUGGCAGGUAGCGACGCUGAGAGGCACCGUCGAUCACACCUGGGACCAGGGAGAGAGGAGCAGCAUCUGAGAUCGCCGUCUAAAUCCAACAGGUCGUCUAUGGAUCGGAGAGGAUCUAGAAGAUCUUCGCCGCUGCCAUCACCCCGAUAUUCGCCGAGUCAGGUCCCACGAGGAGACCAUGUGGAGAGAGCUGAAAUUUACCCACAAUAUGGGCGAACGAAGCCACGCGAGAGGUCAAUCUCACCGCAUUCGGAAGAGACACCAAGAGCGGAUAGGUUGAACCCUAUGGAAGCUGCGCGUCCGAAAUCGAGGCAGUCGACUGUAGCACCGGUUGCGAAAGAUCCUGCAGCUGCUCAUGGUGCCUCACUGCCAAUUCUUAUCCCGUCCAGAAUUGACAUGCACUCGCCAGGCGAGACUAGAAGAUCACCGGCGACACCGCAAUUCCAGGAAUCUCCACGGCCCGGACCCUGGCAACCUCCAUCCUUUCAACCACCUUCGGAUUUGGAGAGACCAACUGGCUCCUAUCGGCGAUACUCGCAAGACAUUGAGACUGGGAGCGUUGCCCCUCUGCCUACAUGUCCCCGAACACAGUUUACCCGUGGCCGAAACGAUUGGCUUACUCUACCCGAAUGUCCAGGCUUCGAUAUCUGCCCAUCAUGCUUCAACUCGAUCACAGCCUCCACCGGAUUCCGAUAUCUCUUCAUCCCGGCCCCUCGCCGCUCACCCGACGUAGAAGUGCUUUGCGAUUUUGGCAGCUCCCCGUGGUACCGUAUCGCAUGGCUCCUGACCAUCAAAGAGCGCCGCCGAGAUCUAAAUCUCUUCUAUGGUCUGGCACGCAACAGCACCAAAUACCCCCCUUGCCUUGGCAAGCAUGGAGCAGUACGUCAAUGGUACUCGGUCAUCGACCACAAGACUGGGGCCCCAGUCCGUGGCUUUGAUGUCUGCUACAGCUGCGUGAAGAGCGUCGAGACUCUCCUCCCAGCCAUCCGUGGCGUCUUCGUCUGUACUGAUACCACGCCCUCAACCCGCGUCUGUGAUCUCCGCUUCGACAGCAAGCGCUUUGUGCAGUACUUUGAUGCCCUCGAAAACUGCGCCGACCGCGUCUCGGACUACCACGAUCCCCCCGAUACCCGGGACCUCGUAUCUCUGGCUCGCCGCCUCGCUCUCUUUGAAGAGUGCCAGCGAGAGAGAGACCUCGUAGACCGGCGCUGGCACGUGAUCACGCACCUUCCUGAGUUUACCGUCUGCGAGGAAUGCUUUGAUGAGGUUGUGUGGCCGGAGCUGGAGGAGGGCAAGGCCAUCCCGCUGAUGUUCAACAAGACGCUGCAGCGGGUGCCGAAGGCGAGCUGCCAGCUCUACAGCGCGAAGAUGCGGGGGAUCUUCCGGCUGGCGGUCGACAGUGGGGACUAUCAGAUGUUGGCUUCCAAGGCGCGCGAGAGGAAGUCGUUGGAGAGGGCGUGGAAGAGGGAUGCGGAGAACAUGAGACGGGGGGUGGGAGGGGCGGGUGUGGAGAGGGAGCUGCGGAGGUUGGAGGAGGAGUGGAGGAGUGAAUUCCGCUCGUCGACGUACCACCUACCUACCACCUCCUACCUGCUACAAAUCACACACACUCUCGACCUCGAAAUCUCAACCCUUUCGGUAUCAGAUACAGAUACAGAUACAGAUACAACCCCUCUCUUCUCUUCUCCAUACCAAUUCCUUUGCAUCCCGCCUCGUCUUCAUCCCGAAGACACAAUUUCCAAACACAACACCACACAGCACCACACAGCACAGCACACACCAUACUACACACAGCACCAACAACCAAAUCUCCCCCGACCUACCCCCUUCCCUUCCUUGCUCUCCCUCCCUCCCCCUUCCCCCCACCCCGAUCUCAUCUCAACAAUGGCCCUUACCAACACCAACAUGAACACCCAAACCUACACCCCCCAGCUCGAAACGAUCUGGGCGCGCCUCUCGUCCUCAGCAGCUGCUGCCCGCCACCCGUGCGGCUCCCGCGCCGAAUUCGACAUUAUCUGCGGGGCGUUCCUGCAGGCGGAGUCUGGGGUCGGCGGUGGCACGCAGGAGGUUCGGCGCUAUCGGGCGGAGUGGAAUAUUUGGGCUUAUUACUUCGGCGUGGAAGAACCUUUCCCAGGCAUCGAUCCCGCGCUGCAGGAGCAGGAGAAAGAGCAAGAGCACCAUGACGAUCCGCUUGCCCGCUACAGCCACUCGUCGAAUUCCCAGUCGCAACAACCCUAUUCAUCAUCCCAAUCCCAGGACCGCAGAUACAGUCACGAGUACCGGCCCGAGUUCAGAGAAGAGUACGAAGAUGGCGAGUGCGAAGAUGAUGAGGCUCAAGGCCGAUCCGACAGCCGUGACGACAAGGGCGCAUAUCGAUACAGCGAGGGAAGAGACAGAUCCGAUGGCCGCCAGGAUGAUCACAAGCAGCACACGAGCGAGGCCAGAGAUGAUGCUCGCGACUUCGCCAACGACAAGGACCAGAACACCGCCGCACCCGGAGAUAGAUCCGCGAUUAUCCACGCCGGCGGCGAUCAGCAGCAAAAGAGCGACGCCGCCAGAGGCCGAUCCGACAUCCGCGAUAGCAACAAUAACGACGGCUACCAGAAGGAAGGCUACCUGGCACGCAUCAUCCGCCAGCGAGCCGAGCGGCGAAACCAGAAGUUCAUUGCCAAGCAGCCACCGUUGGGAGAGCGUCGACGCAAUGCAGAAGGAAACGAAAACAGAGACGAGAGAAGCUUGAGUCCUAGAAUGGACGAUCGGGCCCGGUAUGCGCGUGAGGAUAGGAGAGAGGAGCACGGGCGUGACGACCAGCGUACGAAGGCGGAUGCGCACACUGACGCUGCUACUGUCGACGGCGCUACUGUUGUUCGCGAGAAAGAAGACAGAGGACCUGGACCCACCCAGGGGACUGCAGGAGAGGACCUCAUCAAUGCAGCGCGCAGGCUCCAGAUCGACUUCCCUGGCCGCGCAGUCGCUGAGCGUAAUUCUAGAAACCGGGCCGGGCUAAAGAAGCGACAGGCGAUGGAAGAGCGAGCUCGGAAGCGUCUACGGGGCCAGGAUCUCGAGGAGCGAGACGCUGGUCCGUACCAGGGUGGAAGAUGGGAGGAUCGAGGCCGCGCCGAUGGCAACCGCCGAUAUGUCGAGAGGGGCGCGGAGGGCUUUGAGCGUGGGGAGAGGAGGUUGGUCACAGAUCGGUACGGAGCCGGGGAUGUUGAGGCUCGGGAUGAGGAGGGUCGUGCUCGAGGAAGAGGGGGUAGGGUUUGGGGAGGUGGGGACGUGGGUGCUGGUUUGAGGGGUGUUGAUAGGGGACCAGACGGUGGGCGAGGUGAGAGACAUAGGGGUAUGGAUAUGAGCGAGGGGAAGUGGUUUGGCGGGGGAGAGGUCGAGGAUGUAUACCAAUAUCGUGGUAGGGAUGGAGGAGGAGGAGGUCCUCGCAGAAGACUUUGA